ACGGUACGGGUAAAAUUACGAGCGUGGUCCAAAUUUUUUAUUAAAACGUUAACGCGUGCUAUAAAGUUUUAUUUAAAAUUGCUUUGUUAUUUUUCGACCCGGGUAAAGCGAUUUUUACCGAUAAGCUCGAAUCUUAUCGCAAUAAGUAAGGUUAUUUGCCGCGAAUUGAUUGGUUCGGAAAAAACGCGUGGCUUUUUAAAAGCAAAAGCAAGUUUAUUGCUUAAAGCAAUAAACGGGUUAAAAGAUUUAACGGUAAGCUUGGUGGUUGUAGCAAGCGGUUGCGAAAUAACCGGCUGCGGGGGCUUAUCGGGGUCCGUUAUAACGGCAACCAACGCCAAAAUCGGUUUUUAG